AACAGCGGCAUUAUCAGUAGAGAAACGGUGUACAAAAUUUUAUGUCUGUCGGUUUUGUUUAGUUUCUGAAAACAGCCUUAAUUACUCUUUAAAAGUCGAACGUUGUGAAGAUGUUCUGCUGCCAGGCCUGUGAUGUCUGCCUGAACUCUCAAGGUCAGCUGAAUCAGCACCGAGCAGGCAAGAGUCAUGUGAAGAAAAUGAAUAAACUUGGAAUAGCAGUGCCAACCAACGAGUCACAAGAUAUUCCAGCUGAAGCUUUCAUACCAAAAUAUGGUGGAGCUUUUGUCACUGCUCAACCGUCACAGACUGUCGGAGAAGAGGAUAAGGAGGCUAUUAAAGAAGUACUGACGUCUGCGACGAGUCCGCAGGAUUUCAACGCCAUGUUGUCCAGACAGUUUAAAGUUACUAUUCCAUUCGAGAACAUUAAAACAAUAAAGUACAAACAAACGCCUGGGACGAAUGCAGCGGCUCCCAAACCUCAACCAGUGAAGCGCAAAUUCACUGAAAUCUACUGUGAAGUGUGUCAUGUGACAAUCAAUUCCGACACUCAGGCCCAGCAACAUUUCCAGGGCUCGAAACAUAACAAGAAGAUGAAGCUCAUUGCCGACGUGUCUGAAGGGGAGGCAACUAGUACUACAGAUGCCUCUGGUCAGAAAAAGAUAACAACCCACUUUUGUCACUUCUGUAACAUCAGUGUUAAUUCAGUCGAACAGCUGCAGGUCCACCGCGCAGGAUCAAAGCACCAAAAGAAUGUCAACAAGCUACAAACAACAGUUGCUACUACAGUGACGCCCAAUCUUUCCAUCACAACACCAAACUGUUCAACCCAGAACACACUGCCUGCUUUCGAAACCUACGUUUCUACCAGUUAAUGAUGAUAAAUAGGAGGAUCUACUACAAGAAUUCAUCCAACUGCUUACGGAAACUAGUCCAUGUGUUUAACGUUCAUACAUUCAAAAACACUUAACUUGUGUUUUAUUGUUGAAGGUUUCGGAUAUUUCUGUGUUUUGGAUGUGCUCUGCCGUGAUCCAUUCUGGGACAGUGUUUGAUUAACCUCAUUAGCAUGAACCACAGUCCGAUGUGGAGCACAAAAUCAAGUCACAUUUUUUGAAGUGGAAACACAUCAAUGUCAACUCGUGGGAAACGACAACGUGAUGUGUCCUGUGGUUACCACCGACACCAGAAUGAUGUGGUGUGAAGACGAAAAACGUUUGAUAGCGAUUGCCAAAGCUGUAUCAUCCUUCCUAUAUUAAUAUUUAAGAUGGCCUAGUGAUUAUAAAACAUUUAGGCCCUACAUGCUCAACCUCUGCAAUUGCCCACGGCAGUCGGCAAUGCUGUGGAGUUUUAAAAUCUCCACAACUGUUUUUUUGCCUUGAGUUAUAUUAAAAAAUAUUUAAUGGCAUGGUUUUUUUUUUUGCUGUGGACAUUUUCUCAAUUGCAGGGGUUGCAUGUAUCUCUUGUGGAUGGUUCAGCCGUGAUCCUUUCUGGAUCAGCUAAACUUUGCAUUUCACAUUAACAUUGCAGUUUUUGUCUGCACUCCAAAUGUGAUUGAACUGAAUGGUUUAACAUACAAACUCCUUUCUGACAGGAUUCAUGGUUGUCGGCUGGUAUGUCAAAGGAUGUGGUAUAUGCUACCCUGUCUAUGGGAUGGUGCAUACAUGUAUAAAAGAUCCCUUACUACUAAUGGACAAAUUCUAGCAGGUGUCCUCUCUAAGACUAUAUGUCAAAAAUACAAAAUGUUUGACAUCCAAUAGCCGAUGAUUAACAAAUCAUUGUGCUCUAGUGGUGUCGUUAAACAAAGUAAAUUUUAACUUUGACUGGUGGUUCAUUGUAAACUGAGUUUAUCUGAACAUAUUUUAGUUACACAAAUAUACUUUAUAUAACCAAACAAUCGGUUAGCUAGGUAAGAAAAAUGAUACGAAUCAUUGGGUUGUAUAAACACAAGAUUUUCAAAUAUUUCCCACUGAAUUUCAAAUACGUAUGCCGAGGCAACCCCUGCAAUUGCCCACGGCAAUUGGCAAUGCCAUGGAGAUUGCCGCAGACUUUUUCGUUUUCUGCGGCAUUUCUUCUUUUUUUGUUGUUGACUAUAUUGAUGUAUUUUUUCCUUAUUGUUAAAAAUAAGAUAUACUUUGUGAACUGAAAACAGAUUAAAAGUAGAUAUUAAAACAA